AUGUUUUCUAACAAAAAAUCAGCGCUGGAUUGUACGGCGACAUUGCCGCUUGUCAAUUCAUUGAACCACUUUGCAUACCUUGCAUCUACAUCACCGCGGAUCCGCGAAAUGGUCAUGCUCGAUGGCGGUCUAGAGAGGCUCAUCCACAUCCUUCGUCGUCCGCCCCAAAAUGUAUCUGGAAUGAUGAUGUUUGAUCGGGCGUCCUCUUCCUUGAAUGAGAUUCAGGCUAAUUGGAAAUGGAGUCUGGCGUUCCAGUGCGUUGUCAACAUUGGCGUGCGUGGUAGCGAGGCUAUUCGAACGCGCGUCGUUGAAGCAGGUAUGGUGCCGAUUAUCAUCAGAGUUCUAGACAACUAUUUAAUGACAAGUGAUCUGAUUCAUAUCCAGCAACGCAAGGCGCUCGCAGCUGUACGGGAGUGGCCUGCUUCACGACAAGGGUCGCAUCACUCCUUAUACCCCCCUCAGCCUGCCACUGUUUCAACGGUGCCGCGGCCUGCGACUCCCAUGGAUAUGGAUACGAUUCACCCGCCUGCUGAGCACACUUAUUGGACAGUCGACGCAGACCGCCAGGCCUCACGUGAACUGCUUCCGCUGCACAAUAGGAUCGCCGGCGAUGCAAGUGCAAGCGCAAGUGCUAGUGAGUGUGCCGAAGACACCGAAAUGUUCCAUGAGGAAGGCGCAAGUCCCAGUGCAUCAGAGCUUCUCGCGCCCAAGAAUGAUGCGCCAGAAUCAGAAACACCUCGCGCGCCUCGCACAUCUACUUUGCGAGCCGAAGCUGAUUCACACAUUGAUAUGGCUCACACACCACGUGCUGGAGCGCAUAACGCAACGAUGCCAGACGCCAUGCAGCAGGACGAGGAUGUUCACUUGUGGCAGACACCUACGCCAGUAUUGAACCCUCGUGAAGUCGCGCCUGUGCCGCCGCCUGUAUACCGCGAAGAAGAGGUCCUUCUUAGUCUUCAGCUACUCGCUUAUUUAUCGAAGUAUCCACACGUUCGACACUUUUUUCACAAUGCUGAUGUGCGCGAAGACAUGAUUUUUUGUCCGGAAUGGCCUGAAGAGACCCUGCCGAACAGAUCUUGGCAGCCUAGCGAUUUGCCUCAGUCCAAUGUAUUUUCCGUGGCGGAACGCUUUACCCACCGCCCGACUCGGAGUUCCACCACACCCAACGUCUUAUGCUCGCUCUACCCACGACUCGCUCCAGAUAUUAAGUACUGGGCUGGUGUUGUCAUGCGCAACGCUUGCCGAAAAGACGAGUCACGUGGCGGUAUUCGGCAAUGUGCCAAUAUGCUGUGUGGAAAAUGGGAGGCAUAUCCGCGGGAAUUUGCCAAGUGUCGCCGCUGUCGCAAGGCCAAAUACUGCAGCAAGCAGUGCCAGAGCAAAGGUUGGCAAAUGGGACAUCGGUUCUGGUGUAGUGCGCGCUCAGAUGAUGACAAAACGCGCGGUACACACGAAUCGCGAUCCAAUGUCCAUACGUCUGUGGCGCUAGACGUGUCUCCCAACAAUGAUGGGCAUGCCGCAGGUACUACGCAGUUGCCACGGGACCCAACGAAUGCCAGGUCUGAACGAGACACAGUCUAUUCGCGCCCAUUGGGACCGCGGCAUGUCCCGUCGACAUUCCGCGAGAAUCAGAUGCCAUCGUUACGCGGCGUCAGUGCGGCGAGCGCUGAUUCCACAGAUCUGACAGAAUUAAGCGACGAUGGUACCAGACAGGGCGAGACAUCUUCAACCACGAGUCCUGCAGGCACGAAUCAUGCCUCGACUGCUGCAGCACAACGAACACUCCCUGCACCAGUCAUUGCUGGCGACUUGACAAUUCAAGAAGCAGAUCCAGCCACAGCCACGUUACAAGCACAGGAGGCACAAAACAUCCAGGAACACGGUCCCCUUGACAUUGUAGCGGCAUCCUGGCCGCCGCCACCCCCCUCUGUUGUAUCAUCAACGAGUGCUGCUGAUAUGACGCCAUCGUUACAGUCGCAGCCUCAGUCGCAGUCUCAAUCAGUGCAGCCAUCUGUUCGUUCUACAACCGAAACACAUUUUGAUCUGGGCAUUACACUCCCAUCUUCAGGUCAGCUCACUACGUCCCAUAUUCAUGACGGGGAUCAUUCUGUGUCUACACGUUCACCCUAUACGUCGCCAUGGCAAAACAUGGCAACACCUACAGCAUUUCGCAGUGCACACCAUGCCCCGCGAGCCAUGUCGAUGUUUAGCACAGUGACGUCUUCGCCAGUAGCCAUUGGCGAUGAAACGGUUCACGAAGAUCCACCAGCAAUCACUCCCACGAGCCAGUGGCUUCCUUCUUGGCAUGCUCAUGAUACGGAACCCUCACGUCUAUCGGACCCCCAGUAA